CCCCGCGUACCGGGCUACUCUCGCUCCGAGUCCCGAGUCUGACAGGCCUCGAGGCCGAUGCCGCUGCGGGCUCUGUGUUUGUGGCCGUGCUGCCGGAGAGGCUUCACUUUGUUAUCCCGCCGCGAAUAUGGAGAAACCGAAAAAGCAGAGGAGCUCCAGGAGCUGCAGAAGGAGCGGGCAUCUUCAGAUCUGAACCUAACUGAGUCAUUGGCUGUUGAUACCGCAGACAGGUGUUGUUUCAGACCAGAAGAGAUUCUCGGGGAAAGGAGGAGCCUGACCAAAGAAAAAAUGAAGAGAGAAAUGGUGACUGGUAUAGACCAGGGCAUCAUCAUGCAAGGUUGGCUGUUUAAAGAAGUACAGCACAAUGUGAAGACACCUUGGCUAAGGAUUCGAAAGCAUUGGUUUGUGCUGACACAGGAUUCACUGGAUUAUUACACCAACCAUGAACUGAAUUCAAAGCGACUUGGCACGUUGGUCCUGACCAGUCUAUGUUCUGUACUCUGGCCUGAAAAGGGCACAUACAAGGGAACAGGCUACUGGAACAUCACAGUUUAUGGACGGAAACAUCACUACCAACUUUACACAAAGCACCUGAACCAGUGCGUUCAGUGGGCCUGUGCUAUCCAGAAUGUCAUCAAUUGUAAAGCUCCUGUGGAGACACCAACACUGCUCCUAAUUCAGGACAUUGAGGAAAACUGCACAAAUUCUGAAGUCCUGGAAAAUAUUUACAAAUGGAAUCCCAUUCUCCAGCACACUCAGAACCCACUUUAUUCUCCUUUACUCCCAUUCCCCUAUGGAAUAGGGGCUCACCACCUCAAGAAUACUAAAGGCUAUACAACACUCCACGAUGAAGCUGUCAAAGUCUUCAAUUCACUGCAGCAUCUAGAGACUGAACAAGAUCCUAUCCCCCUCAUUCAGGGUAUACUGCAAACCUGCCUUGAUCUGGAGCCUCUCCGUGAUGAAAUCUACUGUCAGCUGAUCAAACAGACAAGCAACCCUCCGCAUGUGGGAAGUAUCAGCGACCUGCGAAAUUGGCAGCUGCUGACAUGCAUGAGUGUCACCUUCCUCCCCAGUACCACUGUUCUCAAAUACCUUCGGUUCCACAUUAAACGGUCACAGGACCAGUUUCCAAAGACUGAAGUAUAUAAAUAUGCAGAAUUCAUUGCAAAUUCAUUAGUCAGGACCAAAUGCAGGAAAUGUGUACCAUCUUGUGAAGAAAUUUUGGUCUUGAUGCAGCGAGAGGAAAUGAGUUGCAUCAUUCACUACGCUGGCUCCAAAUUUUGCAAGGUCACCAUUAAUUCGCAUUCAACAGCUGGAGAGGUUGUGAACAGUUUGCUGAUGACACUUGGUUUGGGACAUAGUCAAAAUCGGUUUGCUCUUUUUGAACAGAAUUUAACUGAUCGGUGGCUCGUGGCAGAUGACACUGUUGUAGCAGAUAUUAUAACCAGGUUUGAAAAUCUUGCUAUAAGUAUGGAGCAGCCAGAAAACCAGUGGAAGCUUUAUUUUAAACUGUAUUGUUUCCUGGAUUCGAGCAAUAUUCCAAAGAAUAACUUGGAAUUCACUCUUCUGUUUGAACAGGCCCAUGAGAUGGUAACCAAAAGCUAUUUUCCUGCAUCCGAAGAAACUCUUCUGGCCUUAGCUGCCUUGAGACUGCAGUUUACAGUCCGUGAUUUCACCACACAUGUGCCACUGCCUAAGCUUCAGGAGUUAUUUCCUGUGCAUGUUCUCAAGGCACGGGUCCAGCAAUCUGUGAAAGCUUUACUUUCCACAAAUAAUAAGGGUCUGAGUCACUUACUGCCAGGAACUCUGGCGAGCAGCCUGUGGGGCAGCACAACCCAGAAACAGAAACUCGAGGAAGAACAACUAUUGAAAGUACGGAUGAAAGAGGAGGCAGCAGCAUUAAUGGCCACAAUCGUUGAACAAUGGAAGCAGCUUCCAGGAAUGACCCAACUGGAAGCUAUGACAGCAUACCUCAGCAUAGUGAGGGAAUGGUCUGGAUAUGGAGCUACCCUGUUCGAAGUAGGGGCAUUUAUGAAUUCGGCAGUGAGUGUGGCUCAGACGCUGUGGCUGGCAGUAGGAGCAAAAGGUCUUGCUCUCUACAAACAAGGAGAUGUGGAGUCUAUGGACAGUUUUGAUUAUCAGCAGAUUUCAUCAUUUGAAGUGACAGACAGGAACACCUUCAAAAUUUCUCUGAGGAGAAAGGACUUGUUAUUUGAGUCCUGCAAGGUCCAAGAGAUUGUUCAGUUGAUUAAAAUUUACAGCGCUAAUCACUUCAAAACACAGGCUCGAUCUGAUCAUCGAAGUAGAGCAAUCAUAACAGGUAGCCUGACCAACAGUCACCAUUGUAACCUGUACAGCGAUUCCAGCACAGAAGAAACAUAGCAGAGCACCGAGGGAGAGAUACUGGUGAAACAUUUCACUUUCCUUAUUACUACAGCAUUAUUAGGCCUUAGCACACCAUACAUGGAUAGCAAGCCUCAUCUUAACUUAGUCUUUCAUUCUUGCCAAUGAUCUUUGUACAAGUUCUUGCAGCAAGAAGUUGGGCCCUCUUUGGGCUUUUUACACUGGUUGGUAUAGCUUCACUUAAAAAAAACUUGACAGUAUAAACCACAUGAGUAACAGGAGUUUCUCAGUCAGAAGGUUGAGGUAUCAGAAACUCGGCCUGUUGAAUUAUCCUGACAGCAGUAAGUGGAGUGAAGGAAUUCUGUGCACUUCUCAGACAAAGGCCUUAAAAGCCUUGGGCUGCGAUAGAACAAAAUGCAUAUGCUUUUGUAUUAAUUUAUAUAAAAUUGUGAAGGAUUCCAGUGAAAUGUUCCCCUUGUACUUAUCCCAUGUAGUUUGUUAAUUUCAGGAUUAUCAACAAGAGUUGUAUUUGCUGCAAGGACCCCCAAUUCCAAAUCCUCCUCGUGAUUACAGUGGAUGAAAAUUUAAUUGCUUUGGCACUGAUUAUGUACCAGGUGAUAGAUAGCUAGAGAAAACCAAGCAGGGAUUAGAAUGCUUAAAAUUCAGACAGUGUAUGGAUACCACAUUGCGGUGAAAUUGUAACUGUCAGAUUUUAAUAUUCCACCUAGAAAUCAUGAAACAUUGAAAAUUAAUUGUCUUUCUGCUUUUAAAACACUACCCAUCCCAACUUAAGAAUCAUAACUCCAUGAACUUGCUGCUUUCCUUUCAAACAGGUUGCAACUCUAUUAAUGUAAACCCAAAGAGCUCAAGGACUGCUGAUAACAGAAGAAAACAAAUGAUCUACUGAGCAUUUGUUGUUUUUAUGUCAAAUUUCCAGCAUUCAUAGUAUUCUGGUCUUCUGUCGAUAGCAUAUGAAGUACCCUGUCUGGAAACAUUUGGUUACCGUGCAGUUCUACUGCUCAACACAGACAGAGUUUAAGCGAUGUACAGGAAAUAGUGUGUACCAAAUCCUCAAGAAUCAGGAGGAAAUUUAUUGUAUCAACUUGUAUAAUUCUGAAGCUGCAAUGAAACAGCAUCAACUAAAAUUUAUCGAACUCAUUGUUUAAAGCUGCUGGCAGCUUUGGUUUUACACAGGAACUUCCAAAUUGAAUCUUAAACUCACUAUGCAAUGAAAAUGAUUUUUUUAUUUAACUGUAUAUUGCAUGUUCCCUCUUUACUGAAAUGUACUGCACUAUAUUGUAUAGAUGACUUUGUGCAAUAUGUAAAAA